AUGGGUUUUUCCAUUGGUCAUCUCCCUGUUCGUUAUCUUGGGCUUCCUCUCCUCUCUAGAAGAUUGCGGAGCUCUGAUUGUGAUCCCCUUAUUCAGCGUAUUACCAGUCGUAUUCGGUCUUGGUCUGCUAGAGUGUUAUCUUUUGCAGGUAGACUUCAGCUUGUUCGCUCAGUCCUUAGGAGCCUUCAGGUUUAUUGGGCUAGUGUGUUCAUGCUUCCUAUGAAAGUCCACAGAGACGUUGAUAAGAUCUUGAGGGCUUAUUUGUGGAGAGGUAACGAGGAGGGAAGAGGUGGUGCUAAAGUUGCCUGGGAUGAGGUUUGUCUUCCUUUUGAUGAAGGAGGUCUUGAUAUUCGCGAUGGAUCUUCUUGGAAUAUAGCAAGCACGUUGAAGAUAUUAUGGUUGCUACUUGUUAAAUCUGGUAGUUUAUGGUUGCUUGGGUGGAAUCUUAUAUCCUUAAAGGGAGAUCGCUCUGGAGAUCGAUGCUGGGGGUGGGCCGAUUAUCCAGCAGUUUGGGAGAGGGUGAUCUAUGAUGCAGGUAGUCGGUGGGAUGCGAGGCUGGUGGAUUUCAUGGGUCGGGAUGAAUCGAAUCGGAUUAUUCAGGAUUGGAAGAGUGUGAGGAGAAAACUGUGGCGCCUUCUCUGGUGUGCUACAAUUUAUUUCAUUUGGCAGGAGCGAAAUCAUCGUCUUCAUGGAGUUGCUAUUCGGGAGCCUAUGGUUGUAUUCCAGCUCAUUCGGUCGUGUAUUAAAGCGCGUGCUGCUUCUUGGUCGGAUGGUGUUCAUGGUCUUGUUUAA